UCUGAAACAGGAUCUACAUCGUAGCUGUAUAUAAAAAGACGCAGAUCAAACUCCAGAAUCGACACAGAUUCCUGAAUACGGAGAGAAAUGAAUCCUGCUGUGUUUCUGUUGGUUUCCCUGUGCUGCUGCUGCUGCUGCUGUCUGUCUGCGGCUCAAGAAGAGAUCAAAAAGACUGAAAGUGAAGAUAGAAAAUGCCAGACAUCAGAAGGCUCAUGCUACCCUGACUUGUGCAAGCUGCUGAAAGACUUUGGUGUCAUGGAGGAGAAACUGCGAACCACGGUGGGAAAACUGGGAGUCAUGGAAACCCAGCUCAAAGUUAACGAGAAUCAACUUGAGGAAGUGAAAAAUAAGGAGAGAAUGAAGGUGAUCUUUUCGGCUGCCCUUGGCGGGAAUGGGCACAUCGGGCCAAUCCACCACGACACAACCCUGAUCUUCAAAAAUGUCAUCACUAACAUCGGCAGUGCCUACAAUCCAAGUACAGGGGUAUUUGCUGCCCCUGUCGCAGGGGUCUACUACUUCAAUUUCUUCUACCAUGCCGGAGGAAAUGAGGUUAAAUACAUUUCCUUGUUCAAGAAUGGACAGAGGAUGGUCACUUCCUCUGAUCACAAAUCUAGCGGCGAUGGAGCUGACAACGGGGCUAAUGCAGUCACUCUACAGCUGGAGGUGGGGGACCAGAUCUUCAUACGCCUAAUGGCUAACACUCACGUGUGGGACUCUGAAAACCACACGAUCUUCAAUGGGUUCCUGCUCAAACAAGUGUGAUGAAAUACAUUGGUAGCGCUGUCCUCUACUUUCUAACUUUGGUAAUAUUAUUAUUAUUAUUAUUGUGAACAGCUAAUCUUUCUCACAUACUGUAACUCCUGUAUCCUAAUUCAUAAUGUAAUCUAUAUAUCCAUCAUUAAUGUAUUCAACAUAGCCAUCUUAUUCAUCAUUAUCUAGUCUAUAUGUAUUCAGGUUGACAUUGUUGGUAAAAUACAUUGGUAGGCUAGCGCUAUCCUGUACUUUGUAGGUUGAGUGACAGCAUCUCCUAUCUUCUUUGGUUUCUGACGUGAUUACUGUGUGUUGAUGUUGUUACACACUCUUGGUCGACACCAAGACAAAUCACCGUUGUUGAAAAGCAAUAAAGACUUUAAAGGAAAGGA